UCCUCAUUCAAAAAAUAUAAAAAAUAAUAAUAAUUAAAAAAUAAUAAUAUUUUAUAAUGGCCGCUGUCCCCUCGAAAAUUGCGAUAAUCGGCGGCGGCGUCAGCGGCAUCGCCGCCGCCAAACAGCUGGCAGAGCACUGUCCAGUGGUGUUCGAGGCUGCCGCGUCGAUCGGUGGCGUGUGGCGCCACUGCUCCUACCGCUCCACGAAGCUGCAAACGCCGCGCACCGAUUACGAAUUUUCCGACUUUCCGUGGCCGGAGAGAGACGACGGUAAUUUUCCGUCGUCCUCUGACAUUCUCGACUACCUUCAUGGCUACGCCGAGCGCUUCGAUGUCCUAAAAUUUGUUAGGUUUCAAUCGAAAGUUGUCGAGCUUCGGUUUGUCGGAGACUCCGGCGACAGCUACCUGGAAGCCUUGCCGGGCCGCCCUGUCUGGGAGGUUGGCGUGCGGACCGGCUCGUCGGAAGAAAUCGAGUGGUUCGCAUUCGAGUUCGUGGUGAUUUGCACGGGAAAAUAUGGGGAUAUUCCGGUGAUCCCAAAAUUUCCUCGCGACAAAGGGCCUGAGAUUUUCGAGGGAAGAGUGAUGCACACUGUCGAUUAUUGCAAGCUGAGCAACGAGGAGUCGACGCAAUUGUUGAGGGACAAGAAGGUCGUCGUGAUCGGCUACAAGAAAUCCGCCAUUGAUUUGGCUGUCGAAUGUGCCGAAGCCAACCAAGGCGAAAAAGGGGAAAGAUGUACAAUGGUUGUAAGAACAUUGCAUUGGACAGUUCCACAUUACUCGAUAUGGGGUUUGCCAUUUUACCUAUUUUACUCGACAAGGCUUUCACAAUUUCUUCAUCGAAGACCUAACCAAGGUUUAAUAAGAACUCUACUUUGCCACAUCCUCACCCCAAUGAGAAAAGCAACAUCGAAGAUGAUAGAGUCGUACUUAACAUGGAAGCUUCCAUUAAAAAAGUACGGACUAAAACCCGACCACCCGUUUGAAGAAGACUAUGCAUCGUGCCAAAUGGCAAUAUUGCCGGAGAAUUUUUUCCGGGAAGUCGAUAAGGGGAAAAUUGCCUUCAAGAGAGCUUCAAAUUGGUGGUUUUGGGAGGGAGGGGUUGAGUUCGACGACGGGUCCAAAUUGGACGCCGACGUCGUAAUUUUUGCCACCGGUUUUGAUGGAAAACAUAAGCUCCGGUCAAUCAUUCCGGACCCCUUUCGAAGUCUACUCGAAUUUCCUUCUGGUAUGAUGCCCUUAUACAGGGGUACAAUCAAUCCGUUCAUUCCAAACAUGGCGUUUGUGGGCUACAUCGAGAGCGUGUCGAACCUCCACACAGCCGAGAUACGGUGCAAAUGGUUGUCCCGGCUAGUGGAGGGUCGCUUCAAGCUUCCGAGCGUGGAGAAAAUGCUCGACCAAAUAGGGCAAGAAAUGGAAAUCAUGAAGAAGACGACAAGAUUCUACAAGAGGAGUUGCAUUUCCACUUUUAGCAUCAAUCAUAGCGACGAAAUUUGCGAGGAAAUGGGGUGGGCGUCGUGGAGGAAAAAAAUGUGGGUUGCCGAGGCCUUUAGCCCUUAUAAUGCCCGAGACUAUUGCCAAGAUGAAGGCGACGAGUAAAAUAAAUCCACGGGGGGAUGAUUAAUGAACUAUAUAUGAAU